AUGACACAGAAUAAAGAUCCAUACAGAAGGUACAUUUUCUACCGUCCUCCAGGAUCAACUUCAGAAAUUCUUUUUCAACUGAACUCCUCUCUAAAGAGUACUCGCGAAUCAAGCCGUUUAGUAGUGGUUGGCGAUUUCAACAUUCCUUCAGUAAAUUGGUCAAUAGACAAAUCUGCACCCAUUAACACAGGCGGACACGCGGCAGGAGAAAAUUUGUGUGAUGUGGUAGGGGAUAACUUUCUGCAUCAAUUUAUUAAAGGUCGUACACACAUCAAUGGAAACAAGCUUGACUUAUUGUUAUCUAACUGUCCAGAAAUUGUCGAAAAUGUUACCACUUUUACUCCUGGACAAGUGUUUCCAACUGAUCACCAUGCUGUUGAAUUUUGAAUUAAAUUAAAAAUUAAACAAUGCGAGCCAGUGCCACGUAAAGUGUUCGACUUUAAUAUAGGUAACUUCGAUGAACUUCGCAGUUCCCUUCUGCGCAUAUUACCUGACUUCGCUAUGUCAACGGACAGUAUCGAUGAUUGCUGGCUGAAAUAGAAAAAAUUGUUUCUUGACGCUGUGGGUAAAUUUGUUCCAACAAGGACCAUCAAAGACAAAAAAUCUCCGCCUUGGAUUGACGGAGAAGUUCGCCAUUUCAUAAGAAAGAAAUACGAUGCUUUGAGAAAAUUUCGGAAGGACAGAUCUGAUAUCCGCAAACAAAACCUGCGCGAACUAAGUCAAAAAGUGAAAUAUUUGAUAAGGGCAAAGCACCGCGAGUAUCUCAAGAAAAUCGAAGGUUCUUUCAAGGACAACCCAAAAUUAUUUUGGAGUUACCACAAGGCUAUCUUACACCACCAUGGAAAGUCAACUUCGAAAAUAACACAUAAUGGCAAAACAGCAACUACACCAGCUGGUAAGGCAGAACUGUUCAAUUCAUAUUUCUCUUCUGUAUUUCGUCCUCCCUCUUCGCAACAAGAUAUCGACAAUAGAAAUUUACUAGAUUAUCCUCCACCCGAAGUACUGUUAUCCGAACUCACUGUGACAGUCGAAGAUGUUACAAAUUAUCUCAAUGCUCUGGACAUCACGAAAGCAAGUGGGCCUGACGAAAUCCCUGCUCGUCUUCUUAAAACUUGUAGCAAUGAAAUCGCGCCAAGCCUCUGCUCCCUCUUCAACCAAUCGCUUGAAACAGCUCGUUUACCGUCGGAAUGGAAAAUGGCCAAUAUAACUUCAGUGCACAAAAAGGAUUCCCUUGAACCAGCCAUCAACUACAGACCUAUCUCCCUGCUGUGCAUAAUAAACAAAGUUCUAGAACGUCUUGUUGGGAACGGUCUGCGUGCUCAGGUAAAACAUCUCAUCACAACCCUGCAACAUGGUUUUCAACGCAACCGCUCGUGUGCCACCCAACUGCUUGCAGUCCUCCAUGAAAUUGGGAAGAAUCUGGACCAAAAUGUUCAAACUGAUGUACUGUACUUAGACUUUGCGAAGGCUUUUGAUACCGUAGACCACCAGAUCCUUUUAAAAAAACUUAAACGUUUUGGUGUAGUAGACCGCAUGCAUGAUUGGUUCAAAGAUUAUUUGCAUCAACGAUUCCAACGAGUUGUUGUAGACGGUGCAGUCUCCGACUGGGUACAUGUUACUUCGGGCGUUCCGCAAGGAAGUAUUUUGGGUCCUAUGCUAUUUGUAAUAUUCAUAAACGAUUUACCAGACGUUGUGCCAGAUUGUAUCUCUACAAGACUUUACGCAGAUGACACCAAACUCUACAGGAACGUAUCAACUAUCGGUGACUGUGAGAAAUUACAAGACGCUUUAACAGAACUUAGUUCUUGGAGUUAUCAAAAUAACAUGAACUUUAAUGCGUCAAAGUGCAAAGUUCUGUCCAUAACACGCAAGGUCAAUCCAUUGCAUUUUCAGUACCAUAUGGAUUCUACCAAGUUACUUCGAGUAAACGAAGAAAAAGAUCUCGGGGUGAUCAUUACCGAGAAUUUGUCAUGGGAAUCACAUCUUACCUGCAUUUGUGCGAAAGCUAACAAAUUACUCGGUCUAUUAAAGCGAACAUGUAUUUCAAUUAUUGACAGUAGUGUUCGAAAGACUCUCUAUUUGACGUUGGUUAGGUCCAAGUUAAGUUAUGCGACUGAGGUUUGGUCUCCAGCAAGUUCCUUAUUGAAACAAAAGGCUGAGAAGAUUCAGAGACGUGCUACGAGAUGGAUCCUGCGCGUCAAAGCCGGUGAACUAUCCUACAAAGAGAGACUUCAGCAACUGGAUAUGCUCCCUCUUGCGUACGAUCGCGAGGUCAAAGACUUAGUAUUUUUUUAUAAGGCUGUGAACGGAUAUAUUGACAUUGAUGUCUCAAAUUUUGUUAACUUUGUCAAUCAUGGACGGACACGUAGAGCAUUGAGAUCCAAAUACUUAGAAACUCCGUUGUGUAAAACUUGUACGUACAGUUCGUCGUAUUUUAAUCGUGUUGUCAAAUUAUGGAACAGUGUUUGUGUCUCGAUUGAUCCUUCCAGUUUUACAUCGCCAUCGUCUUUCAAACUAUACCUCAAGAUGAGGUAUAAGAAUAUUCUGGAAACAGUAUUUGAUCCGGACAUGACUUGCACCUGGUCACUUAAACGUGAUUGUGGUUGUCACAAAUAA